AGACUAAGAAUGUUAUCACCAGACACAAAAGGAAAGCGAUCCGACGUUGUUCUCACAACUUUAUCCAAUGGCAAAAGGAUGUCUAAAAGCCAAAUACAUAUGAUGGCUUCAAGAUUAUUAACAAGAGGUCUUGACACUUCUUCUGAAAACUCAAAAAAAACAUAUGAUGAAUUAAGAGAAAUGAUUAUUCAAUACAUUCUUGAAGAUUUUAAAAACAGGACGGAAUUCGCAUUAACUUGGUUUGACGAAGAAUGGUAUCAUGAUUCCAUCAUGUUAUCAGAGGACCCAUCAUAUAAACCAAACUAUGUGACUUGGCUUAGUAGAUUACUUGAUAGAAUUAUGCCAACUCUUGAGGAUCGAAUUUUUUUUACUCAAUUCUUAUUAAAUGUUCCAGAAUUACAAGAAGAUAUUGUAGAUCGUAUAAAAAUAUUUUUGAAUGAUCCUGAUAGAAUGUCUCUUGGUUUUUACACUAUAAGUGAAUUAAUUAAUCAACGUCCUCCUUCACGACCAUUUUGCAUGAAAAUUUUACUAGCAUAUUGCUUGCAUAAAGACAUCAGAACUCGAAGUUCAGCAAUUUCUACUGCAAACAAAUGGUUUCCUGAUCAUCCUACAAUAGGUCCGAAUAUUGAAUCAUUUGCAUUGCAAUCUAUAAAACAACUUUGUGAUGAGAGUCCACCUCCAUUAUUUGAUUAUCAUUAUCAUGUUGGUGGUGUUAAUGAUACAAAUAUGAUUGAAGAUGAGGAUGAUCAAUUAAAGUGGAAUAAUCAUGAUGUUGAACGUCAUUUGGACUUAUUCCUUUCUCUAUGCUCAAAGAAAAGUGAACUAUUUGAUCAGUUACUUUCAAUAUAUGUCGAAACACCUGAAUCUAUGCAAAUAUUAAUUCGAAAAAAUGCACCAAAAAUGGUUGAUACAAUCGGAAUAAACGGACUAUUGCAUCUUUUUCUUACUUUUCCAGAAGGCGCUGAAGAUUUUGUUUUAAAGAUGUUGGUGUUAGUUAAUACUGCAAAAUCAGUAAUUAUGGAAAAGAAUUUGGAAGGAAGGUUUCUUUUCCCUAUAAUUGCAUUUUUUGAAAAGGGUGAAAUAAUACGCAAUCUUCCCAAAGUAAUUGCUACACUUGAUGCAACAGAUAAACAGCGAGAUAUUGUCAAGAAGGUGUUUCUGAAAAUUUUGACACAGCCACCAAAUGGUACUGCACCAAUGACACCGAGCGAGUUAUUAGUUUCAUUACAUCAAAUGGAUAAAGCUGGCAUAUCGUUGAAACAGUCAGUUGAAGCUAUCCACAUAUGCUUCUUGUUACCUAAUAUAUUUGAUCAACGAACGUUGGGAACAGUGUUGCAGCAGUUAUUUAUACAAAGUGAGCUACCAACUACUUUUAUGAGAACGGUAACUUUGGCCGUAAGAGCUUAUCAUACUUUGGGUGGAUUUGUGAAUGAAAUGUUAUCGAGACAUAUUUCACAGAUAUGGGAAAAUGAAGUUUUGCGUAAAGGAUUUAUUUUAUAUGUUACUGAAUUUUGCCUAAAGGUACAACCAAAUAACUUUCGAUUUUUGUUACAAUUACCAAAAGAAAAAAUUUUGGAUAUUUUGAAACAACGAGAUCAAAAGUUAUCAAAUGCUUUAAAAAAACAUAUAGAAAAUUCAAAACCUGAACAAAAAAGAACAAUUCCUCAAUUUUUAUUUGAUUUAUUAGAAAUUGGUACUUAG